UGAAUUUAAAAAUAAUUGUUCGGUUAUGGAAGAAGCUGCUGCUGAGCUAGGUUGUUCAUUUUGUCAACAGUUGCUCUGGAACGAAAUGAUGUAGAAAAUUACGAUUUUUUUUUACUACAUGGACGAAGAUAACUAGUUUGCCAACCUGCUGCGUACCUGAGGAAGUCAGAGAUAAUGUCAGCGAUUAAGGUGGCCCUGCAACAGCGCCAGAAGAGUGGCAGAAGGAAAACCUCUGGAGCCAUGUCUGCAGAUGUUUCACCAGACUCCAAGUGUCCCAUCUGUUUGGACAUUUUCAACAACAUCUCUUACCUGAACCUCUGCCUGCACAAGUUCUGUUUCCGCUGUAUUCACGAGUGGUCCAAGAACAAAGCCGAAUGCCCGCUAUGCAAACAGCCCUUUAAUUCAAUUUAUCACAGUAUAAAAUCAGAGCAAGACUUUAAAAAAUAUGAUCUGCAGCCGCUGGAAAAUGGCUCCUUUGGAACUUUUGGGGGAGUGCGUUUUAGAUACCGCACAACUCUUACAGGAGUAAAUCGACAGAUGCGGGGAAGGACAUCGCCGCCUCCCGAUAAUGGGGUGAUGUUUGAAGCCUCGACAAACCCUCCCCAACAGCGGCAAGAUCGUUAUAUUAGGCGCAUGAUGAUGAGGUUGGCAGCUAAGAGGCAAGCAGCAAAUGAAGGCAGGGUGGUGAACAGUGUCAGGGAGCAGGAAAUGAUAAACUUCAGGAGGGAACUCUACCGUCAAGGGGUGAGGGUUCGAAGUGUACGGGAUGGGGGACGCUGCAGAGACACUUCAGCUGAGUUCUUCAGAAGAAAUUCUGCCUGUCUACACAGACUUGUGCCCUUUCUCAAAAGAGAACUCAUCGUGCUUUAUGGAGCCCAUGGCUCUUUGGUCAACAUAGUUCAACACAUCAUUAUGUCCCGGAUUACACGCUAUGACAUGGAGGAUGGAGCUAUUCAGGAAGAGCUCAGGCCAUUCCUUCAGGCCCGCACAGAGCACUUUCUGCACGAGUUCAUCAGCUUUGCAAAAUCUCCCUUCAACAUGGAGGCCUAUGACCAACAUGCUGCCUACGACUGCCCAGCCCCAUCCUCAAAUGAAGACAGCAGCUCUAACUCUUCUGUAAUAGCCAUCUCAGAGGAUGAGGAGCUCUCUGUGGAGUUGGACCCCCCAGAUGACUCUGCAUCUACUUUGAGCCAGUCCGUGUGGGAUGAUGAGACACCUGGGCCUUCAUAUUCUACGACAGCAGAGCAGAGCAGGGCAGAGUGUCUGUCCGUUGUAGACUCAGAGUCAGACUCAGACAGCAGUCUAGAGGAGGAGACACGUGUGUUUGGAGCUUCUCCGCAACAAAGGAUUCCUCAUAUUCAAACAGAUUUGACACAGAGUGAAGUUAACAAAGAAGAUUGUUUGUCUUCUGACAGUGACGACUGUGUCAUUGUAAGUUUUGUGAAACCAACAGCAGAAAGAACUCCUGAACUGGUGAAGCUGUCUUCUGACUCUGACGAGUCGGCUAGUGAAGAUACCAAAGAAGUGCCUCUUCUGCCUCAACACAUCCGUUUCUCCAGUCUCAGUCCUAUAGCCUCACAGAGAAGUGGUCGUGGACAGUCAGGAAAUGUAGAAACAGAUUAUCAGGAGGACUCAAAAGACAGAUAUAGCUCUUUAACAUCUAGCCUACACAAGACAUCUAGUAAGUCAAGCAGAAAAGAGAAGGAUAAAAGAUUUGAUAGUAAUGACAAAUCUAGGGAGAGCCACUGGUCUAAGGACAGAGACCACAGGAGGAGGAGGAGGUCGAGAAGUAGAGAGCGCAGACAGUCCAGCAGGAGCCCAGCGAAUUCCCACAGCAGUGUCGCUACUCUAUCCAAAAACAGAGGUUAUUCUUACUCGAGUGGCAGAGACUCCUACUCAAAAUGUGACAGUCACUAUAAAAGGAGGGACACUGAUCAAAUCUAUCAGUCAGACAGACACUACAGCAAAGAGAGAAAGGAUAAGGGAAUGCAUUACACAGAGAGGCACUCCUAUUACAGUAGUCACAAGCACUCAGAUCGACACUCACACUCUCGCUCCAGGAGCCGCAACAGGGACUCGCGAAGACGUGACAGGAGGCAUUCUCAAUCUCGGUCUUAUUCCGGCAGUCGCUCCCCAUAUGCAAAAAAGAGCUCACGCCACGACGACAAGCCUGGCGGGAAAAGGAAAUACAAAUCCAGACAUUUGGAGGAACCAUCCAGCCCUCGUUCCAACUCAAAUGCUGACGACGAAACUUCGACUUCCACAAAGAAAAAGAACAAAGAAAAGCGUCGUAAUAAAUCCAAAGAGAGGUCGAGAAAAACCAGCAGGAGCCUGAGUGUGGAGCUCGUCGGUGAGGAAAACUCUCACGAACGAACUAAGAGACAUCAUAAGAAAAAGAAGAAACACAAGAAGAAGAGCAAAAGACACAAGAGUAAUGAACGCACAGAGAAACACUCACCCACCGUCAUCACUAUUGACAGUGACAGUGACUCUUUUGCUAAUUGCAGUGCCACUCAGGCCACCUGCACCAUUAAGGACAGCAGCCCCAUAGACAACCCAGGAGACCCCGCCCCAUGCACCAUCAAGGACAGCUCCAUAGGAAACCCAGGAGGCCAAUCCCCCGCCACUUGCACCAUCAAGGACAGCCCCAUGGACAACCCAGGAGAACCCGCCCCAUGCACCAUCAAGGACAGCCCCAUAGACAACCCUGCCACCUGCACCAUCAAGGACAGCCCCAUGGACAAUACCACAGACAACCCAGGAGACCACGUCCCUCUGGACUUACAUUCGUAGUUAAAUGAAAGUUCAGAUUCCUUUUGUUUGUGCUGGGAAAUGAUGCUGAAUGGGAAUGAUUCAAAACAAUGUCCAUUAUGUUCAUGGUUACCAUACUGAAGUGUAUGUAAACACAUGUCCCUUUGAAUGCCACUGCAUCUCUUUCUUCAGCUAAUGUGCCAUCAUUGGGUUCAUGUCUGUUGUUGACCAUUGCGGCCUGGGUUCUCGACUUUUAACUACACCUUCAGUAAUCUUAUUUUAUGGGCCAAGUGCCAAAUUGAACAAGGGCGAAUUAAAUAGUAUUAUCGGUUAAAUCCAUUUAUUUUCUGGAAAGCCACUUUCUUUAACAGAUGUAUUUUAUUUCUCAGGUGCUCUCAGGGAUAAUGAUGAAUGAUUUUUUCAGAAUGUUAUAAGUCAGCUGUAUUCUUGAAACAAAACCAUUUUUACCUGCUUCUCUCUGAGUAGCACUUAUUAAAAGAUGGUAUGUGGAUUUCAGAACGGGCUCUUUGUAUUUUAUUUUAUUUAAAAUAAAUUUUAUUGCGCAACUCUGCA